CUGGUUUCACUGAUCUUGUGUUUCAUCUGCCUGUCUCUACUGAGCCUUAAAUAUGUUCUUUCUUUUUUUGUUUGGGACCUUAGUACUGAAAGAGACCUGGGCUGGCUCUCACUCCAAGAGCUAUUUCGUCACUAUCAUGUCCAGUCCGGAGCUCCAGGAGCCGCGGAAGGUGGUUGUGGGCUACGUGGAUGCUCAACAGAUAGAGUACUUCGACAGCCACAGCGCUAAUCAGAGGGUGGAACCUCGGGCGCAGUGGAUGCACAAGAUGGGCCAGGACUACUGGCAGGGGCAGACGCGGAUCGCCAGGGCAGAAACACAGAAUUAUCGAGUGGGCCUAGAGACCCUACGCAACUACUAUAACCAGAGCAAAGGUGGCGUUCACGUCUUCCAGACCUUGAUAGGCUGCGAGAUUUCCUCGGACGGCAGCUUCAAGCGAGGAAUUCUACAACACGCCUAUGAUGGGCUCGACUACAUCUCGCUGGAUAUGGAGACCUACACGUGGACUGCUGCGGUGCCAGUGGCUCUGAUCACUAAGCGCAAGUGGGAGUCCGACGGGAAGUUCCUGAAGAGAGGGAAGGCCUAUCUGGAGGAGGAGUGCGUACAAUGGCUGCAUAAGCACCUGGAGGAUGGGAAGGAUUCUCUGCUGAGGACAGACCCUCCUGCUGCCCAAGUGACCCAUCACGCUGGCUCCAAAGGGGAGGUGAUCUUGCAGUGCCGGGCCCAGGGCUUUUACCCCUCAGAGAUCUCCCUGGCUUGGCUGAGGGAUGGGGAGGAACAACUCCAGGACACGGAGUUCAUCGAGACUAGGCCUGCAGGAGAUGGGACCUUCCAGAAGUGGGCAGCUGUGUCUUUGACUUCAGGUCAGGAAGAGGAAUAUAUCUGCCAGAUUCAGCAUGAGGGACUGCCUGAGCCCCUCACCCUGAAAUGGGAGCCACAGACCUCAUCCAUUUGGAUCUGUGGGGGCAUCAUUGCUAUUGCCCUCCUCAUUGCAGUUGUUGCUGGAGUGGUGAUUUGGAGGAAACAAAAUUCAGAUGGAAAAGAAGGAAACUAUAUUCAGACUGCAGACAAUGACAGUACACAGGGAUCUGAUGUCUCUUUCAUGUAAAAAGGAAGAUUCUGAAGAUCAGGUGGCAAGAUAAGGUACCAGACACUGAGGUCCUUUCUGGAGCUGAACUGUCUAGCAUUCAUACUCUUCUGUAGAGAGUGUCAAACAUAGGUUUUCCAACUUUUAUGGUGAACUCACACUGGUAAGGUUUGAAGAAGCAAUUCAAUGACACUGUCAAUGUCUCUCUGAGGAGCUUUGGUAUUAUUUGGGAGAUAUGAGAGACACUGGCACAAAUUUAGAGACAUCUCCACUCCAGAUGUUCUUACAGGUGAUUUGUGUCCCACCUGUGGUAGAACCUUUGGAGCUUGAAUUUGUCUGAUCAUCCAGUAAGACUAUAUAUAUAUAUAUCAGACCCAAAUAGUGAUGCCAUUUUGGUCCUCUUCAAGUAGAAGGACAACAACUAUCCCAGUCCCUAUGGUUCUACUUGCUUUCCUCUGCAUUAGUUCACAUCUUUACAUGUUUCUAUAAAUUCUUCAUAUUCAACAUCUGUAAUAUUUUAUUCAUAUUGCAAAUUUUUAACCAUUUCCCAAUUGAUGGGUCCCUAUUUUGUUACCAGUUUUUUAAACUUCUAUAAAAAGUGGUGCUAUGGCAUUUUAUUAUAUUUGGGAAUUUUCUGUAUUGGUAUUUUGGAAGUAUUCACAGUAGUAGGAUUAUUGGAUCAAAGGAUAUAAGAUGUUUAGUUGCUUUUAUCACUUAGUUCCAAGUCAAUUUAUAGAUCAAUUUGUUCAAUAAGCAACUCCACCAAUAUCAUAUUAAUGUACUUGAAUUUCCAUACUCAUCAAUUCCAAUAUUGACUAUUUUUUGUAAUGUUUUACAGUAAUAUUUGCAUGAUAUCAGUUGUUUCAAUGUACAUUUCUCUUCAUGUGGCUAUUGAUAGCUUUAAUUUCAUUUUGAAAACUGUUACAUAUUUUGAUCAUAUAACUAUUUGAGAAUAGCUCUUAGUCUUGGGCACAUAUAUAUAUCAAAAUAUAUAUGUAUGUAUCUUGGGCAGAUAUAUCUAUCAAAAGUAUUUGACAUAAAUUUUUUCCCAUACAAUAGUUUUUAUUUCUUAUUUUAGUGAAGCUAAUUUUAUUCAGGCAAAAGCUUAAAAUUUUACACAAUUAAAAUGUUCUUUAUCUUUUAGGAUAAAUCCUAUUCCUUCAUUUAGUUUUGAAGCCUCCUCUGUACCCACAGUUGUGAAAGAUAUCUCCUAUUUGUCUUAUUUUUUGUUCUGAUUUACUCUUUGUUUAUCUAUUUGGAACUUAUUAUAUUUUUUU